GGCCAUCUGCAGUGCGAUCUGAAAACCGGUAAAGAAUUCCCCGGCGAGUGGCUAAGACUGGUACUUAAGCACCGCUGGCCACAAGAUGCGAUCAGUUGUUGUGGAGACGAGCAGCUGACCAGAUCAACAUGAGGCCAUACCAAAUUGCUUGUAUCUUAGUAACUGCCUUGCUGCUUUUGGAGGCUACACCCGCGGAGGCGAAGCGUCGCAAGCACAAGGGCUCCUCCGAUCACCAUGGCCAUGAGAAAUCCGAUCCCCACCAGACCAAGACGAAGACCAAGUGGUCCAGCUCCACGGAUCUGGCUGGCAGCACCCAGGUGUCCACCGAGGAGCAUGGCUACUAUGUGAAGCGCACCUAUGCGGCUCCUGGGGAAUCGGGCGCAAUGCACCAAAAGCGUCUUAGCCCGCCGUAUUUGGCCAUUCCCAUUGCCUGGUUCAGCUGUGAGUCUGGGCAGAAGGAUUGCCAGAGCUCCAAUUCGGCGGCCAUUAAUAGUGCUGCCCAAUCGUUGAGCGAGGGAUACUUGUGCGACGACGAUUGCGAUGAGCUGUACGAACCCAUCUGCGGCCGGACAUCCUCCGAGGUGGCCGUCUUCUAUAACAAGUGCAAGCUGGCCGUGGCCAAGUGCCGAUCCCACGGCCUUUGGACGGACUUCUCCUACGCCGAGUGCCAGGCGAAAUACGCCCAGGAGACUGCCUACGCGGACAAGAAGUUCCGUGCAUCGCCCUACUUCCGGGAUGCGGCCAUUGUGGAGCAACUGAAGCUGCAGGAGGAGAAAAAGAUGCAGGAGGAGGAGCAGCAGAAGCUGGAGAAGGAGCAGCGAAAGCGGGAGAAAGCUGAGAAAAAGAAGAAGGAAAAGGACAGCAGUGAGAGCAGUGAGGAGAAGGAGGACCAAAAAGUACCGCUCGAGGAGGAGUCCUUGACUCUGAGUCUUCAGAAGCCAAUGGAAACUCCUCUGGUCCCAGUGCCAGUGGCUGUCCAGUCGGCAAUGUCCAAUGUAGAGCCUGCAAAGACCACCGAGGACAUCGCCCUGCCACCCAUGCCUUUGAAGGAGACUCCCACCCCCAAACCGCUCCAGAUUGCGCCCCUGAAGGAGCAGACCCCACCCAAGGAUAAUGAUAAGCUCAAGUACCAUGUAGCUUAGUCUAUUAAUCGCUAGGAAAAUCUCAUAUAAGUAUAACUAUUUAUUUAAUUUAUUACAAUAAAAAGCUUUAAAAUCUUUAAAA